CCAUUUUCGACCGCUUUGCGAACGCCCGGGAAGAAGCGAAGAGAGGAAGAGGGAGGGAGGAGAGGAGAAGAGGGACUGAAUAGCAGACGGAAGGAAGGACUUUCAAGAUUGAGGGUCGUUUGUCGUCUCGCGUUUGAAGGAAUAUCAAGAACAGCAUGUCUUGGUUCGGGAACUUCUUUGCCAGCCGAUUUCUGGUGAAGGCUCAGGCACAGGCAGAAGAUGAAGAUAUUGUUGACCCCCAGGAAACCUUAAAGGAAAAGUGCAGGCUGAAGCCCAAAUGUGUUGCUCUUAAGGAGAGACUUGAAGAAUGUAACAACAGGGUGAAUAGCAAAAAGCAGACAGCUGAAACAUGUGCCGAGGAAGUUUACGAUUGGUUCCACUGUGUUGAUCAUUGCGUAUCUCACGAUCUUUUUAAGCAGUUGAAGUAGAAACAUAAUUUUGUAUUUAGUUGAAAGGGCUAUUGGGGAAGACCCAGAGCUAAAAUGUGUACAGUGCAAUCUUCAUGUAAACUCUUUUAUUGAGGUCUUCAAACCUUUUAAUUCUUCAUUUUGUUGAUUCUCUUUAAGCAAGAUUCAUGCAUUGACAUGGUGCUGCAAUUGUAAUUUCCUGUUAUCAAACAAUAAAUAAUUGAUGUCAUUGAUA